GGAAGGACUGGUCCGCUCCCUGGAGGAAUGGCCAGCACCGUGCUCGGCGUGGGAGGGGGUGUCUUCAUCUUGGCGCUGAUGUGGGUGGCGGUUCUGCUUCUGUGCCUGCUGCUGUCGAGGGCGUCUGGGCCUACCAGGUUGUCGGUCAUUUUUGUUUUCCUCGCCGCCCUGAUCGCCACGGCUGUCCUCCUGCUGCUCCCCCGGGCCGGGGAGUUUCCGAUACCGACGGUCGAGGUCAAGGUCACGGACCCGUUCUUCAUCGGCCGCUACGUCCUGCUGGCGUUCCUCGCCGCCGUCUUCCUCGGGAGCCUCUUCCUGCUGCUGGUCCAGCACGGCGUCGAACCCAUCUGUGCCAAGCCCCUGCGGGGCUCCUGAGGGCGGCCCCGUGCCCGGGCACCGUGGGGGGCAUCGGCCGGAGGGAGCGUGGACUACCAGCGGGCCUCGCCCCGUCCCCUAGCACUGGCCUCAUCACAGGCCCCACGGCCCGGCUGGGAAGAGCGGGACGGGAUGGGGGGAUUUUGAAUCCACAAACAAAACCAGGGAAUCCCAGCCUGCCCCUCUCCCGGGCACGGCCGGGGCCAUCUGCCCAUCACCGCCUCUUCUCUCCUUCCUCCUUUGCUACUUCAGCCCCCGCCGCCUCCUGUCUCUGAGGCAGGAAUGGGGGAGAGUUACGGCUUUUUAAUUCUCCAUGCUGAUGUAGCAUGGAGAAGGAAGAGGAGGAGCACUUCGGGCCUAAUGGAGACGCAAUGUGAAGUUAAAUUAAAUGAAUAACUAAUUAGCAGGCGUUCCGACAUUAGCCCCACGGGGCUCGGCCUGGGGAGCAGGGGGGCUUGCCUCCCCACCUGGAAUGAAUGCUGCACGGUGGGGUGAGUUCUUGGCCCCCCGUUCCCCAGGGGGGUUUGUUGGGGACCAGGGACUCCAAUGCCCCCCGGCCUCACCCUGCCCCCAAAACUCCCCUUUGGAGUUGGGGACUCAGCUGUUGGGGCCAGGGACUCAAGCAAGCCCUUCACACCACUGGCCUUGGGUUUUCUGUGCUCCCGUCUUUGAGGUCAAGAACGACCCCUGAUGCCCCGCUGAACCCCCUCCUCCCCUCCCAAAUCCACCAGACCCCCUCCCCUCUCCCCCCACCCACCACGGCCCCUGCUCAGCCACCUCUUAAACUUAUUUAUAUCCGCCCCCCGCCACCAUUCUAUAGAUGGAGCAUCAAUUUUGUAGUCAACUCUUUUUGGAUUCUUAUAUUUGUAAAUGUUUUUACGUCUGUCA